AGGAAAUCUUUCGCAGGCUCUCAAUUAGAGGCGCACAAAGUCAUUCAAGAUGGUGUUAGAAACUCUCUCCUGGAUUAUUAAGACACAACUUCCAACCUACCUCAAGAAGCUGCCUCUGCCAGAAACUAUCGGAGGCUUUGCGAGACUCACAGUUUUAGAGUGGUUGCGGCUCCUGCCGUUGUUGGGCAUUUUGGCACUGUUGGGUUAUCUGACCAUCCGACCCUUCCUGCCCAAGAAAAAGAAGCAAAGGGACAGUCUAAUCAACCUGAAAAUCCAAAAGGAAAAACGUAAAGUGGAGAACGAGAUCCAUAUAGAGGACCUGAAGUGUACAAACGUUUGCUACUGCCGGUGCUGGCGAUCUAAAACGUUUCCUGUUUGUGAUAAAUCGCACAUAAAGCAUAACGAGCUGACAGGGGACAACGUCGGUCCACUUAUUAUUAAGAAGAAGACUCUGUAGCCCAACUUUGUUUUUGGCCCAUUGAGGAAGAGGAAUAUCCAGUGCAUUGAAGACCACUCACAACACUUUUAAAUAGAUUGUCGUUUUUCUCCAUUGAAAAAACAACUUAAAUUUAGUUUGUUGCACUUACUUACUUACCCAAAACCAUUUCCACCUUAAAAUUGUGACUGUAAUGAUCUGAAUAUUGUGGUUCAUCUAAAGAGAUUAUUUAUAUCGAUUACAUUUACAUUGUUACAUUGUUCUGGUGUGUUUAAUAAUUUAUAUAUAUAUAUAUAUAUAUAUAUA